AUGCCACACUCAGAGCACCCUACACCGCGAGGGAACACGCCUAACCCAGAUGCAGAUAUUUCGACGUUCUGGUGGAACAUUAAUCAGCCGCGACAGAAAUGGACGUUGGAAUGUCCGGCUUAUUUGCUGGGCCAAAGUGAGAAGAAUAUGGGCAUCCUGAUGAAGCGUGAUGAUGACUUCAAGAGAUUCAGCUGGGAGGAGUGCGAGGAACUGGUCAAAACGAACAAUAUCCACCACUUUCAGCGGUCAUCAAGUCAACUCCGAGGAUACCUGCAAUACGUUCACCAUCUGAAGAAGACGUAUGGCUCGGUCCUCACAUACAUCCAACGAGAACGCCUUCAUUGGGACACGGUUACGCCCAGCGCGGAUGCACCAUUCCGCGAUGCAUCCGACUAUCGAAUACUGUACAACGACUGGCCGUACUUUGUUGAGGAGGGUAUCAGGCAUCUUGUCGUAUGGACAAAAUUUCUCAUCGAUGAGAACCCUGAGACAGGAGAAGUGCUUCCCGAAGCUAACCAGCAAAUCGAGAAUUUCAUCAGGGCGACGUUCUGCGAGGGACCAGAUGACAAGAUGGUUCCUAGAGAAAGGAUAGUUUGGUUCAAGAAUUGGAAGACUUUGAAAAGCGUUCAUGCAUUAGCUCAAGACUGCAACAUCGUCUCAUAG